GUUUACAUUCUAAAUGCACAUUUCCAAGUGACAUAAGUUAUUAAAAAAUUGUUUUUAAAAUAUUAUUAAUUAAUAAUGUCAAGCCUUCGCCGCUUUCUACUUUAUUUUGCUCAAGAAAACAUUGAAUUUCGUUAUCCUGAAAUUAAAUCAUUAAUUCAACUCUUUAAUCUUGAAAUAAAAUUGCCAAAUAGUUUUGGAGAAACUCCUUACUGGAUUUUAGAUGAUGUGGAUGAACAAGAUGUAAGAAAAAUAGCAAGUCGUUCGGUGUCGUUGAGAUACAUUGUUGAAGUUUUCUCUAGUGGAAAGAACUACAAAAGUUUUCAUGAAAAUUUAAAGAACUUCAGCAUAUCCGAUUUGAGUAAAAAAUAUGCGUCAGCUGAUUCUUCGUUUAGGAUAACUGUCGAUACUUACAACAAACGCAUUGAACAUGCUGAAAAGAUACAACGAAUUGAAUCACUAGAUUAUAUUGAUUAUAAAGGAAAAAUUGACUUGAAGAAUCCUGAAAAUAACUUCAUUUAUUUCGAGUAUUGGGGAUUGGAUCCAACGAACGUCCCCGAAGAGCCAGUCGAAAUCAUAUUUGGUCGAUGGAUUUCUGAUGGGCAACGCGACAUCACGAAAUCAAUUUCAUUAAAAACUCGAAAAUUUAUAGGCAAUACAUCAAUGAAUCCACUUCUUUCACUAUUAAUGGCAAACCAAGGACUUUGUGAUAAAAAUCACAUAGUUUUCGAUCCUUUUGCUGGUACUGGAUCAAUUUUAAUUGCGGCUGCAAAGUUUGGUUCUUUUGUUAUUGGAUCUGACAUCGAUUAUUUGAUGCUUCAUGGACGAACAAAGCCAUCAAGAGUUCGACAAAAAGUUAGGGAAGAAGAUGAAAACAUUAAAUCAAACAUGAUUCAAUACAAUCUUCAACAUCUUUAUGUCGACAUUUUUGUUAGCGAUUUUUCCAAUUGUCCACUCAACGAUGCAAUAGAAUUUGAUUCUAUAAUAACUGAUCCACCUUAUGGAAUUCGCGAAAAGAUGGCACAAGUUGUACCUAAAGAAGGUGGACGAAAAUCAACAGUUUUAACAGAAGAUGCUAAACAUUACCCUUCGACAUCUAAUUACUCAAUCAACAGCAUGUAUGGUGAUCUCCUGAAUUUCGCAGCAAAACACUUGAAGCUUCAUGGACGCUUAGUUUGUUGGUUUCCAGUUAAUCGAGAUGAUUAUCAUGAAGAGCUUCUACCUCGACAUUCAGCCUUUCAGAUCAUCGCUAACUCUGAACAGAAGCUUAAUGGCGAUGCAACUAGAAGACUUCUAACUUACGAAAAAGUUAAAGAAUCCGGUGAAAUUGUUGAUGUCGAUGCAUUAGAAACAUUUGAUUUUCGUCAGAAAUAUUUCACACAAGCAACAAAUAUUAAAGAAAAACGUCUUGCAACACACCACCGAAACAUCAUCGAAGCACAGAAACGUGGAAAGAUAAUAGAAAAUUUAGCAGAACGAAAGAAACUUUCAAAUAAAAAAUUUCAUCUUGACAACGAACAUUCUGAUAAAUAAAUUUGUACUUUUGACACAAAAACAAGUUGUUUUCGUUUAAUACUGCGAGCUGGCAUAGUUUAGAUAUAGAAACUUCUAGAAGAUGUUCACAUUCAAAU